AGUGGUGGUUCGUGGAAAGCUGUUGUUUUCGGGUAAUUUGAAGGUUUUCUUGUUCAGAGACGAUGUAUCCGCUUCUGCCCGCCCCACCAUCCAUGUAUAGUUCACUCUCAGAGUCGACGGUAUUGUCCAGCGCAGAUGUGAAACCAGAGACGGUUUAUACAUUUUUUGAAGCUUCUGAUGAUUUCCUGCAGUUUCUUGCAACUCGCUCCGGAAUGCAUGAGAUUCUGCUAUUCGAGGACACUCUCAAUAUCGACAUAAUGCUAGAGAAGAAAGGAUUUGGCAUCACUCAUUCGCCAGAUGUAAAUGUGAAGCCAAUCGAAAUGGGUCUGAGGAAGCUUUUCUAUGACGUAGAGUUUACUAAAUGUCUUCGCUUAUCUACACUGCGAGCGCGAUGUCCUGUUUCACAAGAGAUGACGUUGACGCCAGCGCAGUAUGCCCUUCUUCACGAAGUAAAGCUGGCUGUCACUCGUAAUGCUGGAUUGGCAGAUAUUCUGAUGGACUACCAUGGUCGCGCAUGCAUGUUCGGUUCGCCUGAAAGCAUUGUUGCUGCUAGAUUGGAGGUGAAGCGCUUGUUCAGUGAGAACGGAAUGGGGCCAUUCGAGUUUUGCGAGGCAAAUCCGAGUUUCGACACAAAUAACAACAGAGUGCCCAGCGUUGAUGACGAAUGCCCCUCAUUGGCACAGGAUAAUGAAGAUUGGGCAACGGACGUAUCUAGGACUCCGAUUCCGUCGGUGGAGACCAUUGAAAGAAGUACCUUGGAAAACACUAACACACGGUCAUCUUCGGCAAGUCAAAUUCAGUCUACUGAUCAGUCAGGUUCAUCCAACUCAUUCGCUCAUGGGUCACAACGCACUUCAUCUGAUCAAGUCUCAGCGGGACCUUCACCUGUGGAAGUUCAGAAACAGAGGAAAAGCAUCAGGUUCCUCUUAAACAUAGUAGAUGCACCACGACUAAUUGGUCCUCGUGGUGCAAAUAAACGACGCAUAGAACAGCUGACUGGAUGCAGUAUCUUGCUCCAUACGGAGAAAAAGGAGUUUGGAGAGUUUCCUGUGGAGAUUUUUGCGCCGUCGACUAGACGAUGCGAAACAGCCCGCCAGUACAUUUUGUCUUUUUUGUCUGGUGGUCAAGGAACUGUCGACGAAGUGGCGGCGAAGUUAUCAGGAUCAAAGGGCAAAGAGGUACGCGUUCGCCCAAAAAUACACCUUGAUAUCAGUCCGAAAAAGCUGCAGAAGAAGCACACCGAUUGACUCUAAUUAUUUUGCAUUUGUCUACUCGGUGCAUCCGUUUUUCAAUCGCACCACCUGUUGAAAUCAUCUUCUGUGAUCUUGAGACAUGAUUUUAUAGAUUUCUAUGGUUUUACUGCGAUUUAGUUUUAUAGUCUUGUAUCUUUUGUUCACUGUGAUGUUACAUUCUUUGUGUUAUGCACCUUCUCAUCUUCAAUUCAUAUGUGAAUCGAAGAUUCCUGAGCUGUGUCAUUCUGUGAGACUUCCCAGACUGUGAAUGACGUCAUCAGUGUACAUGUCUCUGAUAGAUUUUUCUGUGAUAAACAGCUCAUGCGCAGAAAAAAAUUCUUAUCUAUGGAUUGGACCACCUUUAUACCUCAC